AUGGAGGUCUCAGCGAUACAGCCUGUGGUGUCGCCUGUGCCUAGCGCUCAUAACGGACGCCCUCAGAACAAGACCCGUGGCUCCAGCACACAUACGAACAAGCUUUCCUUUUCCCAAACGAUCUCGUCACUCAAGGGCAUCAUUCGGAUACCGAACCGCAGGAAGCUUUCCACACCCCGCACCCACUUCCACUCUCAGUCGCAAGACGAUGCGGACAGCACCAAGUCCACCUCCAACCCCCAUUUCACCUCCAGACCGCGGCCCACGCACGGCCUCUCGCACUCGCUCGACACGCAGGCCCACCUGCACUCGCGCACGCGGAGCACGGGUACUGCUGCGUCCGAUGGGAGUGGAGAUAUCGACGGCAUUAUCUCUGAUACUGAAGACUACGAUAAACAACAAAGGCGGAGGAGCAACAUCAAGAAUGACCCGUAUGCGCGGUUCUCGCGCACGGCAGAGGGCCUGAACUAUACUUACAAGCCAUAUAUGUCCCAGCCGAUGCUCGGCGCUGAGCUCUCCCGGGGCACUGGCGGGGAUGAGUUGGUCACUGGUUAUGAUUCGGAGUCUGGCUCUGCUUCAGGGUCGGGAUAUGGAGGGGGUGGUCGUUCGCCUGUUGGGACCGGUGAGGGUGGAGGGAGGCGCAGCGGAGAGCACCAUCAACAGCAUGCUCCUUCAGGGUUUUCGGCAACUUCACCACUAGCGCUGCCACCCCCAUCGCCCUCUCCGACUCCAGUCUCAUUGUCAUCUCCUACUGCUACCCACCCGGCGACGGAGGUAGCGUUUUCUUCGGGUGGAAAAGUGGAAGAUACGUUAAUCCAAGUGCAGCACGGCGAUCAGGGAGAUGAGGGGGAGAAGGAGGGGCAUAUUAAUGAUCUCUAUGAUGGCAAAGCUGGAUGUUCUCUUAACAACGCCGCACCUAGCGACACGAACACGGACACGAACACAAACACGAACAUUGGUACUACUGCUAAUACUGCACAAUCUACGACUCCAGCUCAAAUUUCAUCGUCUACAUCUACACCUACGUCAACUAUUCAAACUAAUUCACAUGCCCGCUCCAACUCACCCUUGCCAUUAUUACCUCUACCUGAUGGACCCUCUUCGUCGACGUCUGCGUCUACACCCGGAGCAGCAUUGCGCCCGCGUAGCAGCAACGGCAGCGGUAGAACACCUGCACCCAGACGUGCAUUACCGCCUCCACCACCUGAAUCACCAAUAUCUGCAUCAUCUUCUGCGUCAGCCGCCCCAGAGGAACAGCAUGUUGCGGCUAGAGCCAUUCCAUCCCAGUCUGAGCCCAGCUACACUGGUAAUGGCGAUACCGACGAUCGGAGCCCUCCGAUAGACCCGCUAGCCACCCCGCGCCCCGCGUACUCGACCUCAUACACACGCUUCGCGCACACCGAGUCUCCGCCGUCGUUUCCGACACCGUUGCCCAUCGUCACUCUCACCACCCCGUCGUCGCCCACCACUCCUUACACUCACACUCCCCCCCAUCUGUCGGCAGUUGACCGGCCCGCGAUAUUAUCGUCUUCACUAUCUUCGUCCUCUGCCACAUCCACUUCGACAGUCACUUCGGCGACGUCGUGGAGGACGGUUACUGAAUCUAUGGGGUCUAUGAAUGCCACUUCCGCAAAUAAUAAUAAUAAUAAUAAUGGCAACAGCAACGACAAACCGAAACCGAAACGUCCGCCGCCGAACCACCGGUUCAGCAUGACGUUCAUGAGCAGCAUGAGCUCGGGCGCGGCGCCGCCUGUAUUACCUGUGCUACAGCUGCCAGGGAUCAGGUCGUUCUCAUCUUCGUCGGCAUCGGCACAGAGGAGCAGGAACGACACGGGGCCACACUCGCCUGGAAGUGCAUCGAGCGGCGAGGGCGAGGGCGGCUCGCCGGGUAAGAAGUUGAGCGAGAUGCCGGCGCUGCCGUUGAAGGGCACGGGCCGCGGGGUGCGGGGGCACGAGGAGGUGGACGAUCUCGAAGAUGACGACGAGGACGGUGAUGAGGAGGAAGAUGAGGAGGAAGAUGAGAAUGCACAGUACCGCGGCCACGCAUUUUUGGAUGCGAGCGUCGAAGUGCCGUCGCGCACGAGCUUUAGCAGCGAGAUGACCAGCGGGAGCAGUGAGGUUGGUGAUGGAGAUUAUUCACAUUCGUCGUCGUAUUUUGUGGAGAGGGAUGGGGAUAGGACGUUUGAUUCGGCUUGGGGCUCUGGUGGAUCGAGUGCGAGUGAGACGAUGGCGACUGUCGGCUCGAGCUCGUCAGCGCGCUCUCUGGGUAUGGGUAUGGGUAGCAGCUUGAGCGAGUCGAGCUCGGCAUCAGGGUCGAGCUCUAGUUGGGGUUAUCAUUUGCACUUGCAGCAGCAGCAGCAUCGCCAACAACAACAACAACUGCAGCAGCAGCAGCGAAUCGUGUAUGCAGAGCAGGACGAGGAGGAGGAAGAUCCAAAUGCCGAUGCGAAGAGUACAGGGUCGCGCACGUCGUCGUACAAGACGGCGCUGGGUUCGAUGCCGCCGUCGCCUGCUGCUCUACCCCCCGUCCCUCUUCCAUUGCCACAUUCAAUUCAGUCCCCUCAACAUCAGGCGCAGUCGAUAUCCAAGUCAAAACAUCUCCCUUCGAUAGCAACGUCUUCUUCACAGUCCAGCGUACACCAGCAACAGCGCAAACAAUCUCCGUUGGAAACGUACUUUGGCGACCCGACACGUCCGUCGGAGAAACGUUUCUCGCGCACGCCGCAUCUCCCACCUGUAGAGACGUCCAAGCUCGAUUUGGAUUUCUCGUUCUUGGAUCGGGAUCCGUCGGAGAGCAGUAGCAGCAGUGGUAGCCUGGCAAAGGGGAAAGGAAAGGGAAAGAGUAGAGGCUUGACGGAUGAUGCGGGGCGCACGCCGGUUGGGAGGAGGCCUGUCAGCACACCAUGGGGUGGUUCGAAGGCCGGCGCGGGUGGUGAUUAUUUCCAACAGCAGCGCGAAAAGGAGCGAGAUCGGGGGAGGGAGAGGGAGGAAGAGAUGGGUUCUGGAGCGGCAUCAUCCUCUUCCCCUGUGCGGACACCUCGUGCAGACGAGUAUCAUCGUCAUACGAUGAAUCUGCCUACUCCAGUACCUGUGCAGCGUACACCGUCGUUUGUGCGUGGGCAGCAGAUAGUGUCGCCGCCGCCUUUGGUGAAUAGAUCGAUAUCUGCUGCCAAUCGCUUGAGUAUCAAUUUCAAUGGAGGAGGGCUAGGAGGAGUGUCGCAGCAUCCAGGGAUCUACAAGCAGGCGUCGAGGAGUUUAAUUGACGUGCAUGCUGUAGAGAAGAAGGAAAGGAUCGAGCAGAUGGUGCGGGAGGAUGAGGAGGCGCAGGAGGUGGACAGAAGGAGGAAGGUGAAGGAAUAUAGGAUGAGUCUGCGGGCGUCUGCUACUGCUGCGGCUGCCGCUAUUUCCGGGAAUGGGACUAUUGCUGAGGAGAAUGGGACGGAGAAACGAGGGCAUAAAAAUAGGACGACGAUGGAAAUAGACGCAAGAGGUGAUGUGUUGGCUGCUGGAAUAAAUGCUGGCAGCACUGGUGCAGCAUCUACUUCUGCCAAUGAUACCGACCCGGCUAAUAGGUUGCUGCCACCGCGUUCGGCCGAUAUUGUUACGAGAGAAGGAGACGAGGUAUCUUUUAGUGGGGAAGGCUGCUCCGCUUCCGGCACGAUAGGACGGACAGGUGCAGGAGGAGGAGAAGCAACAGCAUCAGACCGCAAUGGUGACGAUGCAGGUUUAGCUGCUACUGCCACUACUGCGACUGCUACUGCUGGUGCCAGCAAGAGGAUCAGCAUGGCUCCUGCCUACGACGCGCUCUCAUACCCGCUCCGGCGGCGGCGCUCGAUGCCGACGUUCAACGCCACGACGACCGCGCCUCCGCCUUACCCGGAAUUUGCGCCGCAUCCGCAAUCUGUAAGCUGGAUGAGCGUGCAGAUCCAGCCGCGCGAGGACGAAGGGCGGGAGGAGCUGCCGCCGUACUCGAACUCGAUCAAGCUGGCCGCGAUCAUGCCGCGCAAGAUGGAGUUCUCGAAGCCGGGUAUUCAGGCCAAGGACAGAAAAUGGCGUAGAGUGUUGUGUGUGCUCGAGGGCACGAUGUUCAAGGUGUAUAAGGCGCCUGCUGGUGCGUCGGGUGCUGGGGUGCUGGGAGAGUGGUGGGAGAGCAAGGUCGGGGUGGGGGAUGUGGCUACUACGGCGCCUUUGACUACGACGACUUUUGUGAGUGGUAGUGGAUCUGGGCAUUCGCGUCGGCCGUCGGCCUCGACGUUGGCGAUUGCGGGCAUACCGGGGGUGAAUCCGGGAGAUUAUGCGACAGGGAGGGGCGAGGAGGGUGUAAGGAAUGCGAUUGCUGCUGUUGAGGAGGCGGAGAGGGCGGAGGAGAUGGAGCGGGAGAGGGGCCUGAUGAGGGCGAGGAAAAGUGGAGAAGUUGAGCCACGGCAGGAACAAUCUCAGCAGCAGGUGUCACCGAUUGAGAGUGGGAGUGCUGGAAACUCGUCUGGGCAGCUGCAUCCUCCUGCGUUGCAUGUUCAAGGCCAUCAUAAUCUACAACACGACCAACCCAGCAGCAGCAGCAGUUCAUACAGCGAAAACCACUCAGGAGGCGGUGGAUUGUUACCUGCUACACGAUCUGCAUUGAAUUUGGCAGUUCAGCUACUCAAACCAGGUUCAUCGCGCCAUGGAAGGUCUAGCAGUGAUGUGGGCCAAAAUCAUAGUCCAGUUCGAGCUCAUUCGCCUAGGUCGUCAUUGAACAUCCCGAGAAGUGGGAGGACGACUCCAACGUCGUCAUUACCUUCCAGAUCACCUACGCCAUCGCCUUCUGUAAACAAUUACUCGAGGCCAUCGACACCUGCUACGUCAGUCUCGACUUCGCAUUCCCACUCGAAUUCGCACUCGGCGUCGUCCGAAAGAUCAGGGUUCCGCGUAGGCGCUGGGUCGAUGGCGAGUGGUUCUAGCUCUGGUCGAGCUAGCACCUCGCGGCAGGCGGCGCGCCCCAAUGUGUCUAUUGUUUCGCGAGAAAAGGAAAAGGAGAAGGAAAAGGAGCGGAUGCUCAAACCUGACGAAGCGGAUUUGAUUAGGGUGUAUACCAUGCAAAACGCGGAGAGCGGACUGGGUAGCGAUUAUUUAAAGAGGAAACACGUCAUUCGUGUGCGGUUGGAGGGCGAGCAGUUUUUGCUGCAGGCGCAAGAUGUGGAUAGCGUUAUAGCGUGGAUUGAGGGACUGCAAUCUGCGACCAACAUUGCUUUGGAUCUAGACGAGAGGCCUAUGCCUCGUGGACCCAUCUUUCCAAGACGGAGGAGACGCCGACGAGUUCAGCCUCCACCUAUUAAUACCGACACGGCGAAUAUGCCAGCUGCGAAUCCGUCUCCUACUGGACAAACCCCGGUGACUGCCAGCCAUCUCGCAGCCCCUCUAACGCGGUCUGCCGGACGACGUCUGCGAUGA